AUGGUUGAAAUCAAGAACGUUGCUGUACUUGGUGCUUCCGGUAAUCUCGGCCAAGUCGUCGUUGCAGCGCUCCUCAAAGCUGGCUUUGUGGUCACCGCUGUCGUCCGCCCGGAAAGCAAGGCCAAUACAUCGCCCGAUGUAACAGUGAAGACGUCGAGUUACAGCGACACCGCUGCCCUGACUUCCGCCUUUCAAGACCAGCAUGCAGUAGUCGAAGCCUUCAACCCAGCCGCGGCUGGCCACCAGCGUGCCAUCGUGGAGGCAGCCGUUGCAGCGGGUGUCUCCCAUCUCAUCACGCCGGAAUUCGGAGCCGACUCUUUCAAUCCGUACCUUGACGAGGUGCUUCUCUACGAACCCAAACUGGAGGCGCAGAGACAACUCGAUGACGUCCUUGCCAGGACUAAAGCUACACUCUCUUGGACCGCUGUCAACAUCGGGGUGUGGUUCGAUUGGGCGAUCGAGCAGGGGAUAUUCUGGGUGGACAAAAGGACCAAGACAAUCACUCGCUUCGGAUCGGGCAACCAAAAGUAUUGCAUGAGCCGACUUGCAAUGACUGGCGACGCAGUCGUUGCCGUACUCAAGCAGCCGCAUCUUUUCCACAACAGGCCUGCGUACUUUGCCAGUCAUACCGUGUCGACGAACGAGCUCAUCGGUAUCAUCAAGGAGGAGUUGGGGGGGCAGGAAUGGAAGGUCGUGGACGUACCCCUCAGCGGAUUUGCUGAUGAAGCCCGUAAGCUCUGGGAGCAGGAUACACGGGAUGGUGUACAAGACAGGCUUCAUACUCGAGCUUACGCAAUGCUGGGGACGGUUUCCAUGUUCGAUGAGAACAAUAGGUACGGUGCUGAUUUCGGGACCAAGCUGGAGCCAGGAUGGGAUGAAGGCGAGGCUGCUCUGCGGCGCCGGCUGAAGGAGCUUCUGUCGUGA